GAAGAUGAGAUCAACAAUAAAGAGAGAUCAAAUGGCUCAAGGAUUCCUACUCACAACUGUAGCAUUCAUUUCACCAUUAAUGACUGAGCAGUUGAGCUCUCUGUGAACUUAAAUAUGGUUGAGAGCUGCUGCAUUUUUUCAUUGUGGGUUUUUCUUCAUUAUUAAUAUAUGAUGGUUUCUGUGUGUCUGUGAGUAUAUAUUUGUGGUGAAGGUGUGAGAGUGGAUGUGUAUGUACACACAAAACAAGGCCAACCAGAGGGAGCCACAUAGGGUUUGAGGGAGCAGCUUUCUCUUCUGUGUUUUGAGUGUUGGUUUCUUUUCUGUGGCUCUGCUGUGGCUGCCUCUCAAUGGAUUUGGUUGGGGCAGUGAAGCUCUUCCUUCUCUGCUCUCUUCUGUGGCUCAGUGCAAUCACUUCUUGUCAAGGCAAGGAGAAUUCAUCAGAAUACCGGUACCCUUUUAUCAGAAGAGCCAGCUCUUUCUCAUCAUCAUCACCUUCAGCUUCAUUGAGCGGUUCCCAUAACACUUAUGACUAUAUAAUUGUGGGAGGUGGCACAGCUGGGUGUCCCCUUGCUGCCACCCUCUCCCAAAACUUCAGUGUUCUAUUACUGGAAAGAGGUGGUGCCCCUUUUGAUAAUGUAAAUGUCUCAUAUUUAAAAAACUUCCACAUUUCAUUAGCAGACACUUCACCAACCUCUGCAUCCCAAGUCUUCAUCUCAACAGAUGGGGUCUUUAAUUCUAGGGCCAGAGUUUUGGGUGGUGGCACUUGCAUCAAUGCUGGCUUCUACACAAGAGCAAGCACAAGGUAUAUUGAAGAAGCAGGCUGGGAUGCCAAGCUGGUGAAUGAGUCGUAUCCCUGGAUUGAGAGGCAAAUUGUGCAGCAGCCGAAGCUUGCACCAUGGCAGAAGGCACUGAGGGAUAGCCUUUUGGAAGUUGGGAUCUCGCCUUUCAAUGGGUUCACCUUUGAUCACUUGUAUGGAACCAAGGUUGGUGGUACCAUUUUUGAUGAAUUUGGCAAGCGUCACACUGCUGCUGAUCUACUUGCUGAAGGGAACCCUGAAAAGCUUAGUGUCCUGAUUUAUGCAAAGGUUCAAAAGAUCAUGUUCAACACAACAGCAAAGCGGCCAAAGGCAGUGGGAGUCAUCUUCAAGGAUGAAAAUGGUAACCAACAUCAAGCCUUCCUUGCAAGAAGGCAAGGAAGUGAAAUAAUACUGUCAUGCGGGGCAAUUGGGAGUCCUCAAAUGCUAAUGCUAAGCGGCAUUGGACCAAAGGCUGAGCUUAAGAAGUUCAACAUUUCAGUGGUGCACGACAAUAGAUUUGUUGGGAAAGGCUUGUCUGAUAAUCCCUUGAACACGGUUUUCGUUCCUACUAAUAGACCAGUGGAGCAGUCCCUGAUACAAACCGUAGGAAUUACAAAGAGGGGUGUCUACAUUGAAGCCAGCAGUGGAUUUGGACAGUCCUCUGAUAGCAUUCGGUAUGACCAUGGAAUGAUGUCAGCAGAGAUUGGGCAGCUCUCUACUAUUCCCCCAAGGCAAAGAACAGCACAAGCCAUUCAAGACUAUGCAGCAGGCAAGCAAUUCUUGCCACACGAGGCAUUCAUGGGAGGCUUCAUUCUAGAAAAGAUAGCCAGCCCAUUCUCAAAGGGCCACCUCAAGCUGAUCAACACCAGUGUUGAUGACAACCCAUCCAUCACCUUCAACUACUUCAGCCAUCCGUAUGACCUACAACGAUGUGUUGAAGGUAUUCGCAUGAUGGAGAAGAUUGUGAGAACACAACACUUCAUGAACUACACCCAAUGUGAUGACAAAACUUUGGAUAAGCUGCUUAACAUGAGUGUCAAGGCUAAUAUCAACCUUGUACCUAAACACACCAACGACACCAAGUCCAUGGAGCAGUUCUGCAAAGACACUGUAAUCACAAUUUGGCACUACCAUGGUGGAUGCCAUGUGGGCAAGGUGAUAGACCAUAAAUAUAAGGUUCUUGGUGUGCACAGGCUCCGAGUAAUUGAUGGUUCAACGUUUAGGGAGUCACCAGGCACUAACCCUCAAGCGACUGUGAUGAUGAUGGGCAGGUACAUGGGAUUGAAGAUUUUACGAGAGAGAUUAGGAGCAGCAGCUGGUGUGUAAAGGCCAAAACGAUCAACAAGGGAGCAGAAAAGUGAGGUGUUGGUUGUAAUGUGGAAAUGUAAUUUUGUCAUUCUAAUUCUUAGUAAGCUGUUUAUAUAUAUGGGAAGGCUUGCGAAAAUGUGAAAGUCCAUAAUAUAAAUUCUCAACUAUAUUUGUUAAUGAUAAUCUACCUGCUGGUAUUCAUGGA